GCGUUCGGGAUCCAGGCUCUACACCUAGGUCAUCAAUACUAACACACACAGAGUCAAUACAUUGCUCCAGCAAAUACUGGGCCAGCUCCAGUUAGGGCUAUGGCAGAGAUGAUUUGACUUAUUCUGUGCUGGUCUUAACGCGUGGCAGUACGGUAUCUCACAGACCCAACAGAUGUUUAUAUGGGUUCAGACAAAAGGCCUACUGCUGGCUAUUUUCGAAUUACUUGUACAUAUUCAUUACAUGACAACACUUGGAUUGAAAAUGCCUCAUCAAAGCAUCAGAUAUUUAUAAUGCUUCGAAAGAACAAUGUGUCAUCAAACAAAAGUGAGAAGUUAUUUUGGCAUCCAGUUCGAUACACAUGAAGUCACAUAAUUUGUCUUGGCAGGAGGUAUAGUUCAUGGAAGGCAAUUGAAGUUGAAAGCUGAUCCUCUUGUGAAUCUUAUAUUGGAAGUGUUGAUUUUGACAUGUAGUGAGGAUGUGCCAAAAGACUAAGUAUUAUAUGUUUCGAAGUUUUAGCUUUAAAUAUACUGAUGCAAGG